AUGUACGCCUACGCUCCGCUCGUCAUCGGCCUCUUAUGCCUCAUCGCCACCUUCCCACUAUCUGUCGCUCGUCGCCGAAGGCACUCCCGUCUCCCUCUCCCUCCCAAACUCACAACUAGCGACCGCCGUUUCACGGCGUCCAUCAAGAAGCAACCCUAUGAGCUGUUUAGACAAUGUAGCAAGGAGCUCCAGAGUUCUCUAAUCUCUUUCAACGUCUUCUGGAGGCGGGUAAUCGUCAUCAACACCAUCGACGCCGCAGAUGCGCUGCUGACUAAGCAGUCCGCACGCUUCUCGGACCGCCCCGACCGCGUCAUGCUCAGCCUCACGGGGCUCGACGGCGCGCUCGCCCUCCUCCCGAAACGGCGCGCAAGCUCGUCCUCGACCUCGCGCGCCGCGCGCGACCCAGAAAGGGUCGAGUGGCGCAUCCACCUCGCGUUCGUGCGUAUGGUGCUCAAGUGGGCGAUCGGCUACGCGGCGGUGGACGAGGACGACGCGCUUAUGCUGCUGUCCGUGAAGAUCGGCGACAACGCGGCGGGGCUGAUCGGGUCCUCGAACACGGCGUGGAUAGAGAUGUUCCCUAUAUUCAAGUACGUCCCCACGUGGUUGGCGGGGAGCGAAGUCUCGCGCAUUGUGUCGUGCUACCGGCAGGAGAUCCGCACGCUUUUCCGAUGGUCGGAGCAGCACGUGUCGAAAGAGCUGGCUUCAGACGCCCCCGAGAAGUCAUUCCUUGUUGACAUGAUGCAGACGUGCAAGACGCCGUACGACAGAAAUAUCGCCCAGUACGCGGCUCUCUCUGUGAUGGCUGGCGGGUACCCUGCUAUGAUCUCCCUGUGCUCUACCCUCUUGAUGGCCAUGUUGGCCAACCCCGAGGCGCAGCGUAAGGCCCAAGACGAGAUAGACGCGGUCGCUGUCGUGACUGAGGUCUUGCGAUGGGUUCCCCCGAUUCCGUUGACAUCUCGGUACAUCAGCACUGAAGAGGAGUUCGAAGGCUACACACUCCCGAAGAACACCACCAUCGUGGCGAACGUCUGGGCUAUGACGCGCGAGGAAGACCGCUUCCCCCGUCCGGAUUCAUUCAUUCCGGAACGCUACAUCCCGGACUGGACGAUACCACUGCAGAGAUUGCGAACGACCGCAUGCAGUGGUGAAGAGGAUCGUGUUUGGCUUUGGCCGCCGAUUACGGCGAUAGCAUCUGCCCAGGCAAUACUACGCAGACGCCGCGUUGUGGACCCCCUCAGUGCGAUCCUCGCCGUAUACAACAUCACCUCGCAGGACGGCGUCCCGAAACCGGAGAAUCCCCGCCCGUCUCGGACGGUCUGA